AUGAGUCUUUUCGUGACUCCCUUGCCUGUGGUUAAGCGCCUCAUCAGCUACAUAAAGGAAGGCUCUGAUAAGGAGGAGAAGUGGAAGGAAAAGGCAGUAAAAUCUCUCGUUAAAAGGCUAAAGAAAGGCAAUCAGUUGGAUGAGUUGGAACGGGCUAUUGUUAACCAGGAUAGUUUAACUCGCUGUGUUACCAUCCCUCGAUCCCUAGAUGGACGUCUUCAGGUGGCACAGAAAAAGGGCCUACCUCACGUAUUCUACUGUCAGCUCUGGCGUUGGCCAGACCUCCACACUCAACACGAAUUACGACCAGUGGAGAACUGUCGGUACUCGUUUCAAGCCAAGCGGGAUGAGGUGUGCAUCAAUCCCUAUCACUAUCGACGAAUAGAAAACCCAAUAAUUCCUCCCAUUAUGGUGCCUCGAGCUCCGCAUCCCCCGUCUCAAGCGAGCAUGAAUGGAGCAGAUGGAAUGGGUAGUUACGGCCACCACCACCAUCACCACGCCGCCUACCGAGCAGGUAUGUCCCAGCGCCUCGGGGGAGCGGCGGCGGGCGGCGCCUCGCGUCACACCAUGAUGGACUAUACUAGCGGUGGGGCCGGUGGUGGUAGCGCAGCUGCGGCAGCAGCGGCCUAUCGUACUGGUGCUCCGACGCAGGCUGGACUGAUGGCGCCGCCUCCUCCCUCGGCAAGUCUCCCGCAGACGCCCUACGGUGACACACCAAGUUCCUCGCACCACCUCACCAGUCUCACGGCGCUGCUCAACUCCUCCACUGCUGCCGGUUGCUGCAAGUUCGAAGAAGAGAUGGACACCUCAGGGUCGAUGCUGGGCACUGGCAUGGCACCUCCCUGUGUCACCCUUGAUGAAAACGCAGACCACGAAGUCCUUGGUGGUACACCCCACGUGGUCUUUUCCACUCCUCUAGUGUCCUCUGGAAUGGAUCCCUCCUAUCGCUCAUCUGGUGAUGACUCGACUACUCAAAGCAGCAGUCCGCACACUGGCUCCAUGCUCAGGUUGGUGUCUUCGCGCCUUGCCAUUCAUCAUUGUUUACACGGUCACAAAUCGUCUUCAUGUUUAAUUCUCUUUGGUGGUAGCUACCUAUCACAUGGGCUGAAAAACAGCAUGGCAAUAAAACCGUCUCCGCCAUCAACUUCGUCGCCGCCGCUAACAAGCUCGACAAACUGCUCGAAAACGACGGGAGCGGGAACGGGGAAGUUGGAGGAGGGUGGGGAGUCCUCGGCAGGCCCUGCUGACACGACGGACGCUUUGAGCUGCACGGCACCGGGUAGCAGCAGCAGUGGUGGGGGUAGUGGGGAUGCCACCUCUACCGGCGGUCUUGACUCCCGUUCUCCGGGCGCUCUCUCAAGGGAUGAGAACUGCCUCAGUGAGGAUAAUGACACUAUGGACACUGGUCUAGACACACUGAACGACAUAACAAUCGAUGACUCGGCGCAUACCUCAGUGGCCUACCAGGAGCCAGACUGCUGGUGCUCAGUGUACUACUACGAGACGAAUACGCGAGUCGGCGACACCUUCUACUGUGCUUCUCCCUGUCUCACCGUUGACGGCUUUACCGACCCCUCUCGCGAGAACCGCUUCUGUCUCGGCCUCCUCAGUAACGUUAAUCGGGGACACCAGAUUGAACUCACUCGCCGGCACAUUGGCCACGGUGUUGCUCUCUACUACAUUGGAGGCGAGGUUUUUGCCGAGUGUCUGAGUGACAGCGCAAUCUUCGUCCAGUCGCCCAACUGUAACCACAUGUACAACUGGCAUCCGGCUACGGUCUGUAAAAUUCCACCAGGUUGCAAUUUGAAAAUCUUCAAUAAUCAACACUUUGCGGCACUGCUGAAAGAGAGUGUCAACAAUGGCUUCGAGGCGGUCUACGCGCUUACUAACAUGUGCACUAUUCGAAUCAGCUUUGUCAAGGGCUGGGGCGCCGAAUACAGGCGUCAAACAGUGACAAGCACGCCCUGCUGGAUAGAGCUUCAUUUGAACGGUCCCCUUCAAUGGUUGGACCGUGUCCUUAGUCAAAUGGGCUCUCCUAACCAUCCAUGCACGUCAGUCAGCUAG